AGACUUUUAAGAUUUCUGCGGAGCAGCGUGUCCAUCGGGAAGGACAUAGACUAUUAUUCCAAAUUCUCGCCCUCCCCUCUGUCCAUGAAGCAGUUUCUGGAUUUUGGUAAGACUUACAUAGGUUCAGAAAAUGCUUGUGAGAAAACGUCCUUCACCUUCCUCAGACAGGAGUUACCUGUGAGGCUAGCAAACAUCAUGAAGGAGAUCAAUUUGUUGCCAGAUAACCUGUUAAGAACGCCAUCGGUGCGCCUGGUCCAAAGCUGGUAUGUGCAAAGUCUCCAGGAGAUCCUGGAGUUUAAAAACAAAAACGCAGAUGAUGAAAAAGUGACAUACGAUUUCACUGAUGCGGUGAUCAAGAUCCGAAAUCGUCACAACGAUGUCAUCCCGACCAUGGCUCAGGGUCUUGUGGAAUACAAAGAGGCAUACGGCACCGACCCGGUGGUCAGUCAGAACGUGCAGUAUUUCCUCGACCGGUUUUACAUGAGCAGGAUCUCUAUCCGCAUGUUGCUCAAUCAGCACACGCUCCUCUUUGGUGGGAAGGUGAAGGUGAAUCCAGCACACCCUAAACAAAUCGGCAGUAUUGAUCCCCUCUGUCGAGUCAGCGAGGUUGUUAAAGAUGCCUAUGAAAAUGCAAGAAACCUUUGCGACAGAUAUUACAUGAACUCUCCCGAGCUCACACUGGAGGAAUUCAAUGUCAAAGAAGAGGGGAAACCCAUCACCAUGGUCUACGUCCCAUCUCAUUUGUACCACAUGGUGUUUGAAUUGUUCAAGAACGCCAUGCGAGCCACCAUGGAGCUGUAUGGAGACGCCAUGGAGCAUCCGCCAAUUCGUGUUCAGGUCGGUCUGGGAACUGAAGAUCUGACAGUAAAGGUGAGCGAUCGCGGAGGUGGUGUCCCCCUGCGAAAGAUCGAUAGGCUCUUCACGUACACUUACUCAACAGCUCCCCGGCCGAGCAUUGAUGGCUCCCGGGCUGUCCCUCUGGCCGGUUAUGGAUACGGUUUGCCCAUUUCGCGACUAUACGCCCGCUACUUCCAAGGGGACCUGAAAUUGUACUCUCUGGAGGGGUACGGGACCGAUGCAGUCAUCUACAUUCGGGCACUGUCCACUGAGUCCAUCGAAAGGCUCCCAGUGUACAACAAGUCAGCGUGGAAACACUAUAAGAUGAAGCACGAGACUGACGACUGGUGCGUCCCGAGCCGAGAGCCUAAGGACUUGACUACAUUUCGUCGGUUCUAG